UGCUCAAUAGGAGCGGAGGAAUUACGGCCGGGAGCUGCGAAACCAAAAAGCAAAACUAAUCCGUAAAGGAUCGUCUCUGAGGUUGGCGCGCCGGGGACGGCCGGCAAAAGCGGAGCGGGCGGGUGGCCCGAGGAGCCAUGGCGACCUACGUGAGCGAGCUGGAGGCAGCCAAGAAGAACCUGAGCGAGGCUUUGGGCGAGAACGUGAAGCAAUACUGGGCUAAUUUGAAGUUGUGGUUUAAGCAAAAGAUCAGCAAAGAAGAGUUUGACCUAGAAGCCCGGAGGCUCCUCACACAAGACAAUGUCCAUUCUCACAAUGACUUCCUGUUGGCUAUUCUCACACGAUGCCAGAUCUUGGUUUCUGCACCUGAGGGUGCUGGCUCUUUGCCAUGGACAGGAGGUUCCGCAACAAAACCAGGGAAGCCCAAGGGGAAGAAAAAGUUUUCUUCCGUUCGGCAGAAGUUUGAUCACCGAUUCCAGCCUCAGAACCCAUUAUCUGGAGCUCAGCAGUUUGUGGCCAAGGACCCCCAAGAAGAUGAUGACCUGAAGCUCUGUUCACAUACAAUGAUGCUUCCCACUUGGGGCCAGCUGGAGGGAAGGAUGAUUGUCACUGCUUAUGAACACGGACUGGAUAAUGUCACUGAAGAGGCAGUGACAGUCGUUGUCUAUGCUGUGGAGAAGCAUCUUAAGGAUAUCCUUGCAUCUAUCAUAUCAAGGAGAAAGGCCUACCGUCUCAGAGAUGGUCACUUCAAGUAUGCCUUUGGAAGCAAUGUGAAUCCACAGCCUUAUCUGAAGAACAGCGUUAUUGCUUACAACAACUUAACUGAGUGCCCUCCCACAUGCUUGGCUCCCCCUCCUGGUCAAAACCUUGCUUCCCACCCCCCUCCUGAUGAUGCUGAGCAGCAAGCAGCCCUACUCCUAGCAUGUUCUGGGGACACCUCUCCAGCAACUCUGCCACCAGUGAACAUGUAUGACCUCUUUGAAGCUCUGCAGGUCCACCGAGAAGCGGUUCCUGCACACACAGUCUAUGCCCUCAAUAUUGAAAGGAUCAUUUUGAAGCUCUGGCACCCCAAUCACGAGGAGCUGCAGCAGGACAAGAUCCAUCGGCAGCGGCUGGCUGCAAAGGAAGGACUCCUGACAUGCUGAGAGAGCAGCUGGGCAUUUUGACUUUGGGAUCACAGGACUUUCCCAAGUGGAAAUGUGGACUUCUUUCCUAUGGAAAUAUUACUUGAGAAACCAGUGUGCUUUGUGCUUGCUUCUAGAAAGGAUAAAAGAGCAGUGUCUCGGCAAUGCUUAUGCUCUUUUAAUCACAGUGCACGGCAGUCAUUCCAAAAAUAGUUUUGUGUCACUGUGGAAAAGGGAAAGUGACAUUGUUUGCUGUGGAGAACCUGUUCCUGUUAUUAUUCCCUUCAUGGAAUGAAGGAUUAUGACCAGAGAUUGACAGAGGCUGGUUCUUAGAGCUGGCGAGUUUUAGGUAGGCCUGCAGUUUGAGCUGCUGCCCUGGGCUGCCUUUGCAACCAUAGCGAAGAGCUUUGUACAUAAGCAAAGAGCUUUUGUGUUGGGUUUAUAUAAUGUAUGACAAAAGGGAGAAAUAUUGAUCCACGUUAAUAAAAUUGGCUGUAAGACAAUUCUCAUAAAAGAUAAUCUUUUUUUAACCUCACUUUUUUGUUUCAAAUUUGAGUUUUGUUCAAGUAAAACAUCAACAGCCAGUCUCCCAGCUACUGCCAGUGGCAAAUCACCAAUGCAUUCCCUUGAACAUGAAUUUUUCGUUACAGUGUAGCUGAAAAGUAACUUACGCGUAGAGAGUUCAUAAAACCAAAGAACAAUCAACCCCAAAUGUGCUAGACUGCCCCAAAUUAGCCAUGUUUCCUUUCAGCACUAUUGUUAGAUUUAUUUGCAAGCAAGUCUCACGGAUUUCAAUGGAACAUGCUUCCAUCAACCUUUCAGCCCAAACCUUGUGUAUGUUAGCUCAGAAGUAAGUCCCACUAUGUUCAGUGCAGCUUAAUUCUCAGUACACAUCCCUAGAAUUAAAGGUUUGCUCUUGAUCCCCAUUAAACAGGUGGGAAUUUGAAGCUUGGUAAUAGUGACUUGUUGAAAUCCAUUUGCACUGGUGUCGUGUAGUAGCUAAUAGACUUAACCUGGGAUAGCUCAGUCAGUAGAGCAUGAGACUCUCAAUCCUUAGGGUCAUGGAUUUGAGUCCCACAUUGGACAAAAGAUUCCUGCACUGCAGAGGGUUGGACUAGAUGACCCUCAUGUUCCCUGCCAACUCCACAAUUCUGUGAUUCCGUGACUGAGUUACAAAUGAAAAUGUUCCUGGUUCAAAUCCCACCUCAGCAAUGAAUACUCUGGGUGGCCUGAGGCAAGCUACACACUGAGCCCUCUAUUUGCAAUAUGGGGAUGUUAACCAACUUGCCUUUCAGGAUAUUGUAAGGAUUACCCACUAAUGUGCAUGAAGCUCUUUGAACAAGCACCCUACACAGGCUUUGAUUGUUUGAUAGCAUGGCUAAAGUGGAGUUUGAACCAGGACCUGAGCUAUGCUAGAUCUCCAGUGCUACUUUGGAUUCUAUGUCCGGUAAGACUAGUAUAAAUUUUAUUUCUUCUGAUGUGAAAAGGAGGACACAAUAUAUCCUAGACUCAGGGUCUGCUAGGAGGCUGCACCCCUUUCUUCUGGGAAAAAACACACUACUGUAUGGGCACCCAAGUGUUUUUUUUCCUCCUGGCUGAGCACUUUUUCUGCUGUCAUAGGUGGUGGGUCUAUUCUGUGGUCAUCUUCUGAAAUGGUGAGUGUGUCUCAAGCACUUGGCAGAGUUACUCCUAAAUACUCCCACUUGGUAGUGCCUUGAUUUGCUGAGGGGAUGGAUGGAGCAGCAGCUGGCAUGAAGAGACCGUGCAUGAUCAGGGAGCAGGAUCGUGCCAAACUAGCUCCCUGUCACACACACAUAUUCUGGACAUCAAGUACUCUGGUUGCCCUGACAUCCACGUGUGUGCAUGGUGACCAUCUUCAGCCUUCAUGCCUAUGGCUGGGCUCCUGAAAUCUUCCCUGCUGUAGGUGUUAGCGCUGUAUUUGCAUGUGCCAGAGGGUGGGGCAAGCAGGAGUGUCUGAUAUUGGGAAAGACUGGUUCUAUUUAUUUAUUCGCCACUCUCCCCCAUUCAAAGCAACCUACAAAAAAUAAAUGGUGUUUCCGUGCGCUCUGGUUUCUGUCACAGUGUCCCGUUGUGCCAGAAGCAGUUUAGUCAUGACCUGGUAAGCUGUCUGCAGACAAAUGCCGGGUCCCUCGGCCUGAAGCGACCUUUGACUGGACUUAGAUCUAUGUCUGUCUGUCUGUCUGUCUGUCUGUCUGUCUGUCUGUCUGUCUGUCUGUCUGUCUGUCUGUCUAUCAUCAUCUCAGAUCCACUUAUGUCCCGCCCCACUAAAAGAUAAGGUCUGGAUGAAUGUUUUUGACUAGCACCUAAAGACUGAUAAUGAUGGCACCCUGGAGAGAGCACAUUAUAAACGGGGAGUUGCCACAGAGAAGGGCCAUUCUUGUGUCGUCAGCCUUUGUACCUCCCUUGGAGGGGGCACACAAAUAAGGGCCUCAAAUGAUGGGCGGAUAUGCCAGGGUAGGUAGGGAAGGGAACUGCUUGGUGUGCAUUGGCUCUCAGCUACCAUAUUGCAGGAGUGGUGUUCUGCUUUGCCACAUCUGGUAGCAGCUAAGGCUAAACACCUUUCGUGCUGUCUUAUGCAAUUGUGCCUGCACUAGCAUCCCUAGGUUUGAUUCUAUGCCCUCUAGCAGCAGAACACAAGAGAACAACAGGAAUGCAAAAUGGUUGCAAUUACUAGUGGUAGCUGUCAAUCUUUGAAUGUCUAGGUUUAUUAAGAACAUUCAAAUGGUAACACAGUAACAGAUUGGAGAAUAUUAAUGGUAGAAUACAUGCAGCUAGCAAAAAUGACAGCCAAAAUGAGAGGGCAGAUGAAACGAAAUGUCUAUAAAGAAUGGGGAGUAUUUGAAGAAUAUUUAAAUAAUAAUAUAAAAAGAACUCCACUGGCAAAACUAGACUGAGCCUGUUAGACCAUCAAUCGAUAUUACAAAGGUGACAGAGAAUAUGAAUAGAAAAGAGAAAAAGGUAAUAUGGGGGAAAAUAUUGUGAGACAUUACUUAAUUAACAGAAAAGAAACAGCAAGCAUAAUUGGAGGUCAACAGAAAGUAGAAAUUGUUUCAGUUUCUAUUAUUUACACUAACAAUGUGUAUCUGUAUUUGUAUCAGUGUGUGUAUUUGUGUGUUUUGUGCUUGUAUUUGUGUGUUUUAUGUUUGUUUAUUCUUUGUAAUUCUUUUUAAUCAAUAAAUACAUUAUAUAUGUGUGUGUGUGUGU